CACCGGUCCAUCCGCUCCCCCGCGGGCUGCAGGCAUCGUGCGAAUCGGGUUCGCCUCCCCCCGUGGGGCAACCGGACGGCGGAGGGACCCCCUAACCCAUCGCGGCAGCCGGCAGAUCCUCGCCUCCCCGCCGCCCGCGGGUGCUGCCUGCAGGCAAGGCGCGCGGGGCGGCGCGGGAUCCGGAGGAUCCGCUUGCCAGGGGCGCGCGGCCUGACCCACUUUCCCGCGAGGAUGAAAUGGAGCACAGCCAUCUGCUGGACUCUCAUUCUGCUGCUUGCCGUCUUCUUCGAAGGCAUCGGUUGCAAAGGAGGGCGUGGCGGAGCUCGAGGGGCAGCCAGGGGUAGCGCCCGUGGCAGCACGCGGCGGUCAAAAUCUUCAACCCGCUACAGCUCAGGACUACGGGUGGCAGCUGCGGCGGCGGCAGGUGGCGCGGCUGCAGGAGCGGCCUCGGCCAUGGCUGCUGGCAGGAUGAGGUCCGCUGGCGAGGGCGGCCCGGAAUAUGCAGAGGCACAGUCUGGCAACAGCACCGGCGAGGGCAGUUACAACUAUCGGGCGUGGACCUCGGGUGCUGAAUCCUGGCACCUUUCAUAUCUGCCUGCCUGCCUGCUGUGCGUGGCCAGAUUCUUUACCCUCUAAGGGGGGGGGGCACUGCCUGCAAGGGGCCUUUACUCUGUCCUCCCCAACCUUUCCCCAAUGUUCUCCAGUUUUGCUGUGGAGCAACUGCUCUAGGUUGUCCCUUUCCCUGAUUUGGGCCCGAACAUGGAUGUUUCCUUUAAGGAAUGCUGGAAUUACAAUGGGGGGGUUGGGUGUGCUGUUUGCCAAAAGGUGCUGUAUUCGGGUUAUCUGAAUCUUAGUUUCCUUGCACAAGGUAUCAAAUCGUGUUCCCAGCCCUUUUAUGGUGCCCAGUCUCUCGGGAGUGAUAGAUCCCUGUGGGAGCCAUGUCACUCAGCAGACCAGCACCACGUUUAAAGCCAUAUCAGUUGCUGUUGUCACCCGGGUUUAGCCAAAUUCCUGCCCUGUGCCUGAUUCCGAAGGUGCUCAAAAGAUUUCCAGAUUCCUCCUGUUACUGCCAGAUUUCCCAGGAGGGGUUUUCUAAGCAUGGUGCUUUACUGUGAUGCAGGAAGGAACAGUGCCCUCUCCUUGCAAGGGCGAUCGAUUACCUCCCAACCCCAUGGGCCCUUCAAACAGAUGGGAGUUAUUUCUUGUGCUAACUUACUGUGACCACCAUUGAGUUGCACAGGCUCUGUUAAAGUACUAGGAAUGGUCGAAGUAAGAAGGUGUCAUUGUAAGAAAGAAAGAAAAAAGGUGCAAAAGAUAAGGUAAAGGUAAAGGGACCCCUGGCCAUUAGGUCCAGUCGUGGC